AUGGAACCACAUCCGAAUGCAUUCUCCUCUAUGCUUCGAAGCAGGAGCAUUCCUUAUUCCCAUCUUCCUCAACCAUUGCUCACUCUUACUUCGAGCUUUCCGUCUUCUUCAGCAACCGCUUCAUCUGAAACGAGAAUUCGUCACUCUUCUUUAAACCCUAAAUCCUCAUUCAAUAGCCUUUCUCUAUUCUCCAACAACCACUCUCUUCAAACCAUGACGAUUUCCAAUUGCUUCUCUCGCUCUGGAUCCACCAAUGCAAUCCAAGUUUCUGAAUCUGAUUAUGUAGUAGAUUCUCUUGUUGUGGUUUCGUUCUACAAGUUCGCGGAUUUCCCCGAUCAUGCUGUGUUGCGUGUUCCUUUGAAGCAGUUGUGUCAAGAAUUGCGUGUUUCAGGUGGUAUCAUUCUUGCGCCUGAAGGAAUUAAUGGAAGCCUAUGUGGUACGCGGCAGUCGGUUGAGAAAGUUCUUGCAUUUAUUCAGAGUGAUGAGCGCCUGAAGGGACUAAGACGUAUUGAAUCACCUGUCAGUCCUGAGGAGGAGGCCAUACAUCACGGUCAUAAUGAUGGACAUAGUUCCAGUUCUCCUCUUGCUGCCGGGGAGGACGUGCCUUUCCGAUGGGAUCAUGUGAGAGUCAAAGUGAAGAAAGAGAUUGUCACUCUUGGGAUGCCUACUAUAUCACCUAUUGAAAGGGUUGGAAAAUACGUUGGCCCAAAUGAAUGGAAUUCUCUGAUUAGUGAUCCUGAUACGGUGGUAAUUGAUGUGCGAAAUAACUACGAAACCAGAAUAGGAAAGUUUAAAGGAGCUGUUGAUCCCUGCACGACAUCAUUUCGUGAAUUCCCAUCUUGGGUGGAGGAACGUUUCGAGCUUAUGAGAACAGAUGCUGAGUAUCCAAAAGUUGAUGUAAACCAUUCAGACCAAAGUGCUGAAAAGGAGACAGAGAGUAUGAAACAACAGUUACCGCGUAUUGCAAUGUAUUGCACCGGGGGUAUUCGAUGUGAGAAAGCUUCAAGUCUACUUCUUAGCCAAGGUUUCAAAGAGGUCUAUCACCUGGAAGGUGGAAUUCUGAAAUAUCUCGAGGAGAUUCCAGAGAAACAAAGUCUCUGGGAGGGAGAGUGCUUUGUGUUUGACAAACGAGUCUCGGUCGAGCAUGGUUUAGCACAAGGGAAUUUCAAGCUCUGUUACGGUUGUAAGCAGCCUGUAAGUGAUGCGGAUAUGGAAUCCCCAGAGUAUGAAUAUGGAGUCUCUUGUCCUUACUGUUUUGCACAGAAGUCGGAAGAAGAGAAGGAGAGGGCUCGAGCUCGACAAAAACAAUUUCAAAGAUGGGGGAUCAUUGGUGGGCCGGAUAAGGGCCGUCGGCCAAAACAGGAACCAGAUGUUGCUAGCAGUAAUCAUAAUCAACUUUCAAAAUCUAUUUAA